AUGGUCGGCACCUUUACAAUCGUUGUGCUUGGUUCUCCCGGAGUGGGUACAGCCAUCAUCCGACAAUUUCUUUACAACGAUUUCAGCCAAGUGUACACCCCAACCACAAGCAGGUACGUUCACAGACCUUCGGUCAUCCUGGAUGAUACCAUGUACGACUUGAAGAUCGUUGAUGUACCGCACAUCCCAACAUUUCCAAUGACCGGCGCUCAGGAGUGGUCUGACUCGAGAUGCAGAGGUAUUAGAAAUGCAAACGCAUACGUCCUCGUGUACGACAUCUGCUGCUUCGAUAGUUUCGAGUAUGUGAAAAUGAUUCGGCAGCAGAUAGCAGAAGUCAGGGUGCCAAGCACAAAGCAAGUACCAAUUAUCGUUGUUGGAAAUAAGAGGGAUCUACAAAAGCAACGAUUCACUCCACGGAGGAGUACAAGUGUCCUGGUGAAGAAGAUGUGGAAAUGUGGCUACAUUGAGUGUUCUGCUAGAUACAACUGGCAUAUUUUACUUCUGUUUAAAGAACUCCUGAGCAGCAGUGUGGGCCGAAGCUGUAAACAUGGCCACCCAUCUAUUUGCAUCCAAGGGGCACUGCAAAGAAACAGAUGCAAUGUCAUGUAGCACUGCUCAGAUUUCCCAUUUGUUAUGUUGAAUCAGCAUGUGCGUUCUCUAGUUUUCCUGAAA